AUGUUUGAUAGAUCAGAUGAUAUUAUUAGUAGCUGGGAAAAUAAAGCAACAGGAGACACACCGGAUUUCGAAGUUCAGCUGAUUCCUUCGUGGAUCGUUUUUACAGCUGCUGAUAAUUACCGAGUCUCUCAAUAUGCCCGUUUUAAAAUAAGAAACAUUGAUCCAGUACCCAUCGUAUAUCGUAUACGAACGAGGGAACGCUCAUUUCCUCGUUUUUCCACAUGUCACGGAUUUUUGGAAUCAAAUGAGGAAGACGAAGUGUACAUAUUGAUACCCACCGCAGAUAACUGGCCUCGCGAUGCGACUGAAUAUGCCGGUCGUCGCCACAAAGUGGUGGUCGAAAAUUUAACCGCCCCUACAGAUAUAGGCAAACCAAAGGAUAAAAAUGAAGCUAGUGCAAUUGCAACGAUGAUAUUUAAAGCAACACCACCAUUGACACGAAUGUACACCAAACUCAAUCUAUUAUUGCCAAAAAUUCCGGAAACAAGUACCGAAACAUAA